UACUUAAAGCAAACCUCCUUGCUCAAAGCGACUUGACUGGCAGUGUCUGCUCUCUAGUUUUCUCGGGAAAAAAAGAUCAUAGACGACACUUAACAACUAGUAGACAACCUCGCCACGAGACCAACGCCCAAACACAUACGGCCUUGCUCACAACUUCCAACUAUGCGGAAUCUGGAAAAAGUGGAGAGGCUAUGUGUCACAGGAUGUCUUCAAAAGAAGUAGAAACACAACCGUUUGACGACGAUUUCGAAAGUGCCAGGGAAUACCUGGAAUUCCAUUGGCCUGACGUCAUGGCGAUAGACAACGUGGAUGAGGGAGCGGCCAUGCCGUGGAUCAUGGAUCAGUUUCAUCGGACCUUCACUGAAGACAAACACUUUGGUGAAAGACUGUUAGACGUUGGAACGGGUCCGACAGUGUACCAGCUGAUUAGCGCCAGCCGAGUUUUUACAGACAUCGUCUGCUCGGAUAUUCAUCAGGGAGCCCUGGAGGAGAUAAGGAAAUGGAAGAAUGAUGAUACAGACGCUUUCGACUGGAGCUCUGCACUAAAGCAUGUCUCUGGAUUGGAGGGCACGAGGUGGGAAGAACGCCAAGGGCAGCUGAGGCGUGCCAUCAAAGACACAGUGUUUUGUGACGUACAUAAUGAGAACCCUCUACAUCCGGCUGUGUUCCGUCCGUUCGAUACCAUCAUCUCCACGUACUGCCUGGAGGGAGCCUGUUUCAACAAGGGAAGGUCGACCUACAAAAAAGCCGUGAAGAACGUUUGCUCCCUACUGAAGCCAGGUGGCUACAUCAUCUUACUGUCCUACAUCGGGGUGACCUACUAUCUCAAAGACGGUAAAAAGGACCCGGAUAAUCUUCGCCUCGACACAGACUUCGUCUUGAAGAGUCUAUCUGAAGCAGGCAUCACGGUUCUGGAGGCGUCUGAAUUUAAAACUCCUGACAGGGAUGCAUGCAGUUAUAGCGACGUAAAAAGUAUCCUGUAUGUGGUGGGCAAGAAGGAUUUAAAUGGAGACUACCUACGUCUCCUGAGCGAGAACAACGAUAAUGGUGUUUGAAAAAA